ACGCUCAUCUGAUCGAACUACGUAGAAUAAUGAAUGCACGGGAAUUGGUGUAGGAUUCCGCGGCGAUAGAAUUCACAACAAUGGCAGAAAAACAGAUGGAUGUGAUGCUGUAUGGCCUUGGGGCCAUCGGCUCAUUCUACGCCUUUGUGCUUAGCCAAUCACCCAACGUCCGCCUGACAGUGGUGGCACGGUCAAACUACGAAGCCGUCAAGGCCAAUGGCAUCACAAUCGACAGCGAAAACCACGGCAAGCACAUGGUGAAGCCGUACCAGGUUGUAAAAACACCCGCUGAUGCAAACUCCAAGUUCGACUACAUUGUCUGCACCCACAAGGCCAUCAACCAAGCCACCGUCCCACCAAUACUCUCCCCAGCCGUCGACCCAGCCCGCACCACCAUCGUCAUCAUCCAAAACGGCGUUGGCAAUGAGGAGCCCUUCCGCGCCGCGUUCCCGUCCACCACGAUCCUGUCUUGCGUGACGUGGGUCGGGGCGCGGCAGUCGGCGCCUGGCGUCAUCAUGCACAACAAAUCCGAAGACAUGCAGAUCGGGCUGUUCCCCAACGAAGCCGUCGACCGGGCAGUCGAAAAGGCCAGGCUGGAUGAGUUUGCGGCACUGUUGACGACCGGCAAGACCGUGUUCCAGGUCGUCGACAACGUGCAGGUGCAGCGCUGGGAAAAGGUGGUGUGGAACGUGGCGUGGAAUGCGGUCACGACGCUGACGGGGCUGGACACGCACGCCUGGCUCUCGUCGACCGAGGGGGCCACGCCCAUGACGACGAGGUUGAUGGGCGAGGCGGUGGAUGUGGCGAGGGCUUUGGGGGUGCCGUUGGAUAAGGAGGAGCUGGUCGAGAGGUUGAUGCGCAAGAUCCUGGGCAUGCAGACCAUCUACAGCAGCAUGUACGAGGACGCCAAGCAUGGCAGGCCGAUGGAGGUCGAGGUCAUACUGGGGUAUCCGGCCAGGAAGGCAAGGGAGCUGGGGAUUAAUGCCCCGACGCUGGAUGCCAUUUAUUGUGUUGUCGCGGCGGUGGAUUUGAGGAUUAGUAGUGCGAGGAAUUGAGUGGUGAGGCUGCUUUGACGUGGUAGACUAGCACUUGGUAUGUAAUAGAGAUAGAAUGCCAGUGUCAAGACUUCUUGUACACGAAGAGAUGCAUAUAUGACAGAUGCUAUUGGCGGAG